UGUUCUAUGAACUCGUCUCUUAUAGCCUACUCUCCACCACAUUCUGUCUUUCUCUCUCUCUCCUCUCUCCCUCUUUAGGGUUUCUUCAACCCUUCACUUUUCAGAAGCGAGAUUCGAAAUCGGAAGCUGAAAUCGUUUGCUGGAGGAUAAAGAUACGCGGUUGUUUCGGAUCGACUGGCCUUUGAGGUUCUGGUAAAUUUUCUAAUCUGAAAAAGAAAAAAAAGCCCUAAGUUUGAUUUGCUUGGCAGAUCGGUCGUUUUUCCUCGGGUUUUGUCUUUGUUCGGGUUACUUUUAUGCGGAUUCUGGUGUACGUCGGACUGUUGACGAUCGUGCUGAUUAGGGCUUGAGGUUCUUUGAGGGCGGGGGUUAGGUUUUCCGCCUGAUUUUAGCCGGAUAUGCCGUAAUUUAGUUUUCUGGGUUGGAUUUCGCAUGUGGACCAUGUGGGGAUUCUGUGUGUUUGCUUUCUAAUCUGAAAAUUAUCACUUCAAUUCAAGCAAACGGUCUCUUUUUUCUUUUUGCCUUUUCACUUUCUUAUCGUUCUUUUUUAUUAAACUAGUUGGAAGAUAGGGUUUAUUUUCGUGCGAUUAUAAAUAGAAAUCGUAGUAGAAAUAAAAAGGCAGACAACUGGGCUGAGUUCUACCGACAAAAUUGUGUGAGGUGACUUAUACUCCGGUAUGUGAACUUCAAUUCACCAGUUUGAUCUUUCUUUGACAGUUAUAGCUUUAAAAAAGGCUUUUCAAUGCUUGCAAUUUGAUAAAACCUUGUGAAAGUAAAUGAAGUGUACCUGAUGAAUGGAAUUGUCAUGGGCCUAUAAAGGCAUUUCAUAUUUCAUAUAAUGGUAUAUGAAGUACUCUUAUGGUCUAUUAUUUCUUAUUGUAAUUUGACAACUUUGCAUUUCAACAAUUCCCAUUGUGUACAUUGCCUUGAGUUGAAUCCUUGAUGGUCUGGACUUAUAAUGUUGUUACAUCAGUGUCUACAUUGUGUAUGGCUAUAUGUUUAGAUGAGAUGUAUAAACUUGUAGAAUACAUUGAUUGGUUGUUACUUUUUAUCUAUCUUUUUUUAGUCAUAUACUAUACUAUAGAAAGUGUACUCUAUGUUUUCCUUUAUCAAAAGGAAAGCUUGGGUCGUGUUUGAUUGGUGUUUAGUUAGAGUGGUGGAGAAGCACCAGUUAGAAGAAGAGGUAAUUAAGAAUGGACUGCAAAAGAAUAUUUGAGAAAUUAAGCAAAUGAAUAAGGGUUAGAACAUUUGAAUGAAUUAUUGAUAAAAUAGAACAGUUUUAAUGGGGGCAGUUAUCUCACCAGAUGAGGCCUUAUGAUUGUGAAAUGGGUUUUGUAUGGAUUAAGAGUAUCUUGGAGCUGGGAAUUUAUGCUUUAUAUAUGUUGUUUGGCAGAUUCCAUAAUCAGCAUUUUGCAGGUGAUGCGUAGCUUCUUUUUGUUUUAUGUUCUCUUUAUGUAGUUCCUGUUGGCUGUCCAAUUUCCUGAGGGAUGUUUAUCUUUUGUCACAGUUUUAUCUCCUUAACAUAUAAUCUAAUAAAACAAGAAUAUUAAUGUUGACAAUUGCCCACCGAAAUGGUUGUCUGGUUAUGGUUACCAUUCAUUCUUGGCAUUGUUGUGUGAAAGAAAGCUGUUGAGGAAUCAGAGCCAUCCAGUGCAUGUUCCAACAUGUAUUCUCUCACCACAUCCAUUGUUGUUAAAAUCGCGAGUUGACUCGUAUGAUUUUACGAGUCAGCAAGUGUUAAACAAGUCAUCUCGGAUGUAGUAUCGGUUGUGGCAAAAUUGGAGCAAACUCGCUAGUGGAACUUGUAAACUCAGACCGAGUUUACCGAGUUCAAUUUAGGCCCCAUUUCCAGGUUAGAGACGGAAACAUUUCCAUCUCUAACCAACAUAUAUAUAUGUGUAUAUAUAUAUAACGUGUUGCUGACUGCUCCGUAAGUUGUCUCCUUCAAACCUAAUUGGCUGCUGAAACCCUUGCAAUCGACGCUCCCCCUUGCUGCGAUGUGCUUGAUCGGAGUUCUCCCUUGCUGCAAUGUGGUUGAUCGGUGUGGCGGUGUCGGUGGUGCUUGCUGCGUGCAAUUGCUCUGUAUUUGCUCUGCUUCUUCUUCGUUUGUUCACGGGUUCACCUUCCAAGUUCAAAUAAUCAAAGCCUCAAAGUUUGUACUAUUCUGCUACUGUCUAUUCUGAGGUGCCAAACAUUUGUUCAGAGUUUGUGCUGAUAUAUUGACAUCUCAACAUGCCAAAGGAGAGGAGAGAUCGUUCUGUUUCUUUUGAUAGAUCCCAGGCAUCUCCUUAUACUAGUAGCUCUAGUCGCCCAAGACAAUCCUUGCCCAAAAACUCUGAAAGUGAAGAUAACAUGAAAGAAUGGGAGGAAGCACGAUGUCCUGUCUGCAUGGAACAUCCACACAAUGCAGUUCUCCUUGUAUGUUCAUCCCAUAAUAAAGGCUGUCGCCCUUACAUGUGUGACACAAGCUACCGCCACUCAAACUGUUUUGACCAGUUUCGGAAAUCAUUUGCUGAAACAUCAUCAGCAACACCUCAGCAACAAGAAAGUGCUCCACUACCAUCAGAACAUUCUACCAAUGAUUUGAUGUCAGAAGCCAUGGUGGCCAAUUUGCAGGUUGAAAGGGUUGAGGAAGGUUCCACCUCAUUACAUCCCCUCUCAUGCGAAGACAAGGGAAAGUCAAAGCUGCUGUGUCCUCUCUGUCGCGGGCAUAUCACUGGAUGGAUUGUGGUGGAGUCUGCUCGGCAUUUCAUGAAUGCAAAGUCAAGAAGCUGUGCGUGUGAGACUUGCAGUUUUAGUGGCUCGUAUAAAGAUCUGAGGAAGCACGCAAGGCUGGAACAUCCUGAUGUCAGGCCAUCAGAGGCGGACCCAGAGAGGCAGCGCAGUUGGAGGAGGCUAGAGAGGCAGAGGGAUUUUGGAGAUUUAAUUAGCACUCUCCAAUCUUCUAUUGGAGAGGAAAGGAGUGACGAUAGCCACUUGUCUUUUGAUGAUGAGGGCUGGCUUACCGUGUAUUUCCUCAUUCGAGUUUUCCGACCUGGGAGUGGUUUGAGAAGCAGUAGCUGGUCUAGUACCUCAAGAACGAGGGCACAAGUGACUGUCAGACGGAGAGCAAGGCUUUGGGGGGAAACCCAUGACGGGGAAACUGAGUCUGCUUCGAGAGAUGAGGAUAAUGACUCUUCAGAUGGUGGAUCGGGCUCUUGGUGGCCACGUGACUGGACCAGGCGACGACCCACACCAGACAAUGAGUUAUGAUUGUCAUACCAUUUCCAAUUUGCUCAUUAUUUAUGCUUGGAUAUCUCAACUGUGGACGAAUGACAGGAAAGAAGUGCAAGUUAUUUUGCUUAAAAAUAGGUCCACUCAGUUAAGCUAUUACUUGGGAAUUGCAGAUUGUAUUGUGUACCAGGGAAAGGAAACAGUUUUAAUUUUUAUCUUUAAAUUAGCCAAUUUUCAUUUCUUUGGCAUAUGGUACGUCUUAUAUAUAUUCAUGGGCUUCUAGUUGAACUGAA